UUUUUUUUUCAAUUUUUAUGUUGCCAGUUAUUUCUUUUUUCUUUUCCCAUCAAGCAAUGGAAAAGAUGUGGUAAUUAAUCACUGGUGUGAAUAAUAAAGAACUUUCAGUGCCACCUUGAUCUCAUAAGCAGUGGCAACUCAGGCAAACCAUAAACUGUAAUGAUCCAUCUGAUUUUUUGAGUGUGGACCAUUGUGCAGUAAUCAAUUGUGAUAUCUGAUACAGUAAUGUUUAUGAAUAUCGCCCUUCUUGUUGUGAUUUAUUCAGAAUUGAAUAAGAAAGUUUCUUGCUUGUAAGUGCUACUUUGUCACCAUUCAUCCAGCAAUUAAUGUUGUAUGACUUUCGGUUAUGUGCUGUGAGUAUUCUGUUGCAGGCUAAGCCAAAUUCAAAUCUUUGUGGGGCAAAGCGGAAGGCUGCAACACCACCUGAACAAGGUGCUGUUGGGCUCCCUGACGCUGGUUUGAAGAAGAUACCCAAGGAAGAGUGGAACUGUACUCUUUGUAAUGUUAGCGCUACAAGUGAAAGAGGUUUGAAUGAACACCUUCAAGGCAAGAGGCACAAGGCUAAGGAAGCAAGAUUGAGAGCAAAUAGGGUGGCCAAAAACUUAAGUCCUAUACCGUUUCCAAAGAAAACUGCAAAACCAGCUAAUCUCACUACCAGUAUUGCAGGCUCAGAACUAGAGGCAAAAGUUGAAGGGGAAUUACUUGAAGUUGAAAAAGCUAAUGAUGAUACAGACAAGAAAAGAGAGAACAAACAAGAUUCAGGGAAUGCAAAUGAUAAGCUGCAAAAAUGUACAUACAGAAAAUUUGAAGAGAAAAGGGGCAGGGAAAUUGCAGAGGAGAGGACAGCAGAAUUUAGGAAGAAGAAACAAUUCAAGUUCUGGUGUGAAAUGUGUCAGAUUGGUGCCUACUCUGCAGUGGUAAUGGAGGCUCAUGAAAAGGGGAAGAAGCACAAAUUUCAGCUGCAGCAGCUUCAUCAAAACGGAGAAGCUGUCCCAGCCAUCACUACAAUGGUAUCAUCUAAAGCUGGCGAGAAGGCAAAGGAUAGAGAAGCUGUGACUGUAGAAGCAAAUGAGAAGAAGACGGGAAAUGCCAACUAUAAAGAAAAAACAACAGAAACUGUUGCAGGCAAUGACAAGAUAAUAGAAAAUGGGCCGCAGAUGAUGAGAGAUCAGGAUAAUCUUCAAUUUCAAGUCAAUAAGCAAAAUUGAACCACCCUCGUUGUUUGGGAAGGUAUCCUCUAGACAUGGACGUGAAGCUCAAGGUUACAUUUUCCGUUUCUUGUUUGUUAAGUAACUUUUACUUAAAACCUUGCAUCUGAAAUGGAGCCAGCAACAACAGAUCUUUUAGAAUUGGAAAUUGGACGUGUCUUGAUUAAAAUUA